AUGACAAGAGAAUGGGCCCUGCUCUUCUCCACCCUGUUCUGUGGCCUGGCUGGCUCCACACACCUCUUCCAGCCGAGCCUGGUGCUGGACAUGGCCAAGGUCCUCCUGGAUAACUACUGCUUCCCAGAGAACUUGAUGGGGAUGCAAGAAACCAUUGAGCAGGCCAUCAAGAGUCGUGAGAUCCUAGGCGUCUCAGACCCUCAGACCCUGGCCCAUGUCCUGACAGCGGGCGUGCAGAGCUCUUUGAGCGACCCUCACCUGGUCAUCUCGUAUGAGCCCAGAGCCCCCGUGCCUCCCCAGCAAGCCCCAGCACUCAGCAACCUCACAGAAGAUGAACUGCUGGCCCGGCUGCACAAGGUCAUCCGCCAUGAUGUUCUGGAGGGCAACGUGGGCUACCUACAGAUGGACGACAUCCCGAGCCAGGAGGUGGUGAGCAAGCUGGGGGGCUUCCUGGAGGCCAAUAUCUGGAGGAAGCUCAUAGGCACCUCUGCCUUGGUGCUGGACCUCCGGCACUGCACUAGAGGCCACGUUUCCGGCAUCCCCUAUGUCAUCUCCUACCUGCACCCAGGGAACACGGUCCUGCACGUAGACACCAUCUAUGAUCGCCCCUCAAAUACGACCACUGAGAUCUGGACCCUGCCUCAGGUCCUGGGAGAGAGAUACAGCGCUGACAAGGAUGUGGUGGUCCUCACCAGUGGCCACACAGGAGGAGUGGCCGAGGACAUCGCUUACAUCCUCACACAGACGCGCAGGGCCAUCGUGGUUGGCGAGCGGACUGUAGGGGGCGCCCUGGACCUGGAGAAGCUGAGGAUAGGCCAGUCUGACUUCUUCCUCACGGUGCCUGUGUCCAGGUCCCUGGGACCCUUGGGUGAGGGCAGCCAGACCUGGGAGGGCAGAGGGGUGCUGCCCUGUGUGGGGACACCUGCAGAGCAGGCCCUAGAGAAGGCCCUGGCCAUUCUCACGCUGCGCAGGGCACUGCCGGGAGUCCUGCGGCGCCUUCAGGAGGUCCUGCAGAACUCCUACGCCCUGGUGGGCCGUGUGCCCGCCCUGCUGCACCACCUGGCCAGCAUGGACUUUGCUGCCGUGGUCUCUGAAGAAGAUCUGGUCACUAAGCUCAACGCCGGUCUCCACGCUGUGUCUGAGGACCCUAGGCUCAUGGUGCGGGCCGUCACGCCCAAAGAAACCUCUUCUGGGCCGGAGACUGGAGCCGAUGAACCCCCAGGGGUGGCCGCAGAAGUGCCGGAGGAUGAGGUAGCCCGGCAGGCCCUGGUGGACUCCGUAUUCCAGGUGUCGGUGCUGCCGGGCAAUGUGGGUUACCUGCGUUUCGACAGGUUUGCCGACGCCUCCGUGCUGGGGGUGCUGGGCCCGUACAUCGUGCGCCAGGUGUGGGAGCCCCUGCAGGACACGGAGCACCUCAUUAUGGACCUGCGUCAGAACCCCGGGGGUCCAUCCUCUGCAGUGCCCCUGCUGCUGUCCUACUUUCAGGGCCCAGACGCAGGCCCCGUGCGUCUCUUCACAACCUAUGACCGCCGCACCAAUGUCACGCAGGAGCACUUCAGCCGCACGGAGCUGCUGGGCCAGCGCUACGGCUCCCAACGUGGGGUGUACCUGCUCACUAGCCACCGCACAGCCACGGCCGCUGAAGAGCUGGCCUUCCUCAUGCAGUCACUGGGCUGGGCCACACUGGUGGGCGAGAUCACGGCGGGCAGCCUGCUCCACACCCUCACCGUGCCCCUGCUGGAGACGCUGGAAGGCGGCCUGGUGCUCGCUGUGCCUGUGCUUACCUUCAUCGACAACCAUGGGGAGUGCUGGCUGGGGGGCGGGGUGGUGCCCGACGCUAUCGUGCUGGCCGAGGAGGCUCUGCACAGAGCCCAGGAGGUGCUAGAGUUCCACUGCAGCCUGGGGGCCCUGGUAGAAGGCACAGGGCACCUGCUGGAGGCCCACUAUGCACGGCCAGAGGUUGUCGGGAAGACAGCCGACCUGCUUCGAGCCAAGCUGGCCCAGGGAGCCUACCGCACAGCAGUGGACCUAGACUCCCUGGCCUCUCAGCUCACAGCUGACCUGCAGGAGAUGUCUGGGGAUCACCGUCUACUGGUGUUCCACAGCCCUGGCAAGCUGGCAGCAGAGGAGGUGCCCCCACCACCCCCUGCUGUGUUCUCCCCAGAGGAGCUCUCCUACCUCAUCGAGGCCCUUUUCAAGACAGAGGUGCUGCCAGGCCAGCUGGGCUACUUGCGUUUUGACGCCAUGGCCGAGCUGGAGACAGUGAAGGCCAUUGGGCCACAGCUGGUACAGCUGGUGUGGCAGGGGCUGGUGGACACAGCCGCACUGCUCAUUGACCUGCGCUACAACCCUGGUAGCUACUCCACAGCUGUGCCCCUGCUCUGCUCCUACUUUUUUGAUGUGGAGCCCCGCCAGCACCUCUACUCUGUCUUUGACAGGGCCACCUCAAAGGUCACGAAGGUGUGGACCCUGCCCCAGGUGGCUGGCCAGCGCUACGGCCCCGACAAGGACCUGUACAUCCUGAUGAGCCAUACCAGCGGGUCGGCGGCUGAGGCUUUCGCUCACACCAUGCAGGACCUGCAGCGGGCCACAGUCAUCGGGGAGCCCACAGCUGGAGGGGCACUCUCUGUGGGUGUCUACCGGGUGGGCAGCAGCCCCUUAUAUGCCUCCAUGCCCACACAGACGGCCCUGAGCACCAGCACAGGUGAGGCCUGGGACCUAGCGGGAGUGGAGCCCGACGUCAUUGUGCCCAUGACGGAGGCCCUCUCCACAGCUCAGGACAUAGUGGCCCUGCGUGCCAAGGUGCCCACUGUGCUGCAGACCACCGGGAAGCUGGUUGCCGAUAACUACGCCUCCCCUGAGCUGGGGGCCCAGAUGGCUGCCAAACUGAGCCGUCUGCAGAGCCGCCAUUCAAGGGUGACCUCAGAAGGGGCCCUGGCUGAGAUGCUGGGGGCUGACCUGCAGAUGCUGUCCGGGGAUCCACACCUGAAGACAGCGCAUAUCCCUGAGGAGACCAAGGACCACAUUCCUGGGACUGUGCCCAUGCAGAUCCCUUCCGCUGAUGUCUUUGAAGACCUGAUCAAGUUUUCCUUCCACACUAAUGUGCUUGAGGACAACAUUGGCUACUUGAGGUUCGACAUGUUUGGAGACUGUGAGCUGCUCACCCAGGUCUCAGAGCUGCUGGUGAAGCACGUCUGGAAGAAGAUUGUACACACAGACGCCAUGAUUAUUGACAUGAGGUUCAACAUCGGUGGCCCAACCUCCUCCAUCCCGGCCCUGUGCUCCUACUUCUUCGAGGAAGGCCCUCCCAUUCUGUUGGACAAAAUCUACAGCCGGCCCGAUGAUUCCAUCACUGAGCUCUGGACCCACACCCAGCUUGCAGGUGAACGCUAUGGCUCCAAGAAGAACGUGGUCAUUCUGACCAGCGGUGUGACCGCUGGUGCUGCGGAGGAAUUUACCUACAUCAUGAAGAGGCUGGGCCGGGCACUGGUUAUUGGGGAGGUGACCAGCGGGGGCUGCCAGCCUCCACAAACCUACCACGUGGAUGACACCCACCUCUACGUCACCAUCCCCACUGCCCGCUCAGUGGGGGCUGCGGACGGCAGCUCCUGGGAAGGGGUGGGCGUGGUGCCCCACGUGGCUGUCCCUGCAGAAGCAGCCCUCAGUAGAGCCAGGGAGAUGCUCCAGCACACUCUGAUGAGGGUGCAGCCGGGCCCCCGGGGGGGCCUCCGUGGCCAGAGCCCCAGGGUAGGCGGGACCUCUGGGCCACACACCAAGGGCACUCAGGCACGUCCUGUGGCCACUCCAGCACCCCUGGAUGCAGGUCAAAGGGGUCUGCCUGAGUCCCCCACGGGGCAGGAAAAGGGCCUGCUGAGCUCCGAUUAG